GAAUGAUCAUCAAGGGUAGAGCCUAUACAUUCUAUUACAUCAUAGUAGAUGCAUAUAUGUCAUGCGUCUAUGAACGACGUGUUGAUUUCCCAAAUACAUUGCAUGAAUAUUGAUGCAGAUUUGAAAGGUUUGAGGUGGUUAUAUAUAGACCGGAGGUAUGUGGGUGUACAUAGCUGUUGGUGUGUGUAUCUUGGCUGUUGUGUAUGUAAAUUAUCCUAUCCCUCCUCUUACCCCAGCCCUGACAUCCUGGAAAAAUGGAGGCAACUUCUUCAAAUUCCGGACAUUCAAAAUCUUCUACAGGGUGGAAAAAGGGAGUAAUAAAGAUGGCAGAGUGCUUCUGACAAUCCAUGGAUUUCCUACAUCCAGUCAUGACUGGAUCAAGGUGCUUCCAGACUUAAAGAAACAACACAGUGAAGUGAUUCUGUUUGAUAUGAUUGGAUUUGGACUCAGUGAUAAACCGUCAGAUCAUGACUACUCUAUCAUGGAACAAGCUGAUAUUGCAGAGGCUUUACUGAAAAAGCUGAAAAUAACACAGAUUCAUCUUUUGUCACAUGACUAUGGGGACACAGUGGCCUUGGAGUUGCUAGCAAGAUUUAAUAUGAAAAAGACUGAUUUGAAAGUUCUCUCCCUUUGUUUAAGUAAUGGAGGCGUUUUCCCAGAAACAAAUUUUCCAAGACCUUUACAAAAAUUGCUAACAGUUCCUUACCUUGGGGCUAUCUUAAGUAGACUGUCCUUCUAUGGAAUUUUCAGAAAAGGGUUUGGAGAGGUAUUUGGAGUCAAUACACAACCCACAGAAUCUGAGUUCAGAGAUUUUUAUGCAGCUAUUGCUAAUAACCAUGGUUACAGAAUAAAUUAUAAACUUUUAGGAUACAUUGCAGAGAGAAGCCAACACAAAAACAGAUGGGUAGGAGGUCUACAGGAAGCAACUAUUCCUGUCCAUAUGAUUUAUGGUCCUUCAGAUCCAGUAAAUCCCCCUGUUUUUAUUGACCACUACAAGAAGACUGUCUCCAGACACAGUAUUACAGUGCUGCCCUCUGACAUCUCACACUACCCCCAGUGGGAGGCACCAGAGCAGUUUGCUAAGGCAUACAGGGAAUUCCAUCAAAGACUGUCAGGAAAGGGAAAAUGAAACUAGGCAAUAUAAAUAUAGAAGGUUUUAUUAUUUCACAAAAAUCAACAAAAAUACAUGAUAAGAUGAUAAAAAAAUGUUAAUUAUUGUGUUUGUAUGUAAUUCAUAAAGGACUCACUGACAGACAGGGUUUGCUUGUAUAUUGUUACAUGUAUGAAUCAGCAAUACAUACCAAGCUCCUGUAAAGAAGGACAACUCUUUGCUCUCUAUUUUCUCCAUAAUGAUAAUUUUUGUAAACAAAAUAGAGAUACAUGUAAAAUUAUAAUUAAAGUAAGUUUAUUGUA